AUGGGGAGUUACAUGGCGGCUGAUGAAUCUAAUGAAGACCAAUCCCAAUGGUCCUGUACCUUGUUCGAGCCUAUUCGGCUAAGAGCAAACUCAACAUCUGUUACUUCUGUUGGGCUUCAUGUUUUCCGUGUUGGCGAUUGGGAAUUGCUGUUGAUAUUGCCCAAACACAUCGCGCUCAAGGGGGACAACGACCUAUACCUCAGCGCCCGCUGGAUCCAGGGAUACCAGUAUCUGCAGUUCGCGUCCUGUGACCAUGGAGAUCCUACGGUUGGGAACGAGGUGUUCAUCACUAAAGAUGGAAGCAUCCGCAUCAAGAACAAUUACUUUGGCAAAUUCUGGAGGCGCAGUCCUAAUUGGAUCUGGGCGGACUCAGACGACACCACCACCGACAACUCGGACACUUUGUUCUCCCCCGUAAAAGUUGGUGACAACGUCAUCGCUCUCCGCAAUUUGGGUAAUGCCAAUUUCUGCAAGAGGCUCACCACCGAGGGCAAGACGAGUUGUCUCAAUGCUGCAGUAACCACGAUUUCCCUGGAGGCACGCUUGGUGGUUGAAGAGCUUGUUAUCUGA